GUCAUUUUGCGCAUGUGUCUCCAGUCUGUUGUUUAAAUUUCUUACGGACCGCUUAAACCCAGGGGGUGGGGACAAAGUGUAAUAUUUUCGGGAUAAAAUCGUCAGACUGAUGCUUGCAUACUCCACAAGUGUGGCUGGUGACCCCUUGUGCAUCAGGAGGAUCCCGAAUACAUUUUCCUCGAACACCGAUGAUCAAGCAGUUUACCUGUGGCAUCCAGAAUUUAACAUAUCACUGCAACUGAAACUCUGGAUGUGUGCUGCACAUGACGACACCAAACCAACCUCACUUUCUGUAAUGCUGGAGUGUAAAACUCCAAAACUGACACUGUGAUACUGCAAAUGUUACCAUGUAAAAGUAGACAAACUAGACUGUUCUGUUAUAGAUACAAAUAGAUUUUCUAUAAAUGAAGUAACAAAUAGUACCUCAAUAAAAGCCUUCUUACCCAGUCACACACAAAUACACUCAUGCUGACCACCAUGACAUACCGCAUGCCAAACUUCACUCUGGAGCAGAAGCUUUUCCUGCUUCGGAGAAUCCAUGCGGUGGUGGACACAGUCCAGGACUUUCGGAAAGACACCAACACUACUGUGCACCGGAACGCUGUAUGGGCGGAGCUGGCUCAGGCCUUUAAUGCGGCGUUCCCUAGUCGACCCCCCAGCAGCAUCGGGUCUCUGAAGACACUGUGGAAACGGCUGAAGGUGGAAUGUCGUGUAGCGCUGCAGAAGCGACAGGAACAGCAGGCAGCUGGGCUUCCUGUGUCUGCCCUCACUCAGGUGCAGAGAGAAGUGAUUGCACUGGUACCAAACCUGAUCUCCUGUCUGGAAGAGGUAGAUGGAGAUGGCAGCUACGCCUCGGUUAGGGGUGGCUCACCUGGAGCAGUGAUGGGGCUUUCAGGCACUAAUGGGAGUGAGCAUGAAGAUGCUGACCACAGUCAAAAUGAUGAAGUAGACAGCAAGGAGAACUUAGCCAUUGAACUUGGAUUGGUCUCACCAACUCGUCCUCCUGUUAACUCUGGGAUUCCUCCUGGCUCUGCCUCCUCUCCUCUCCACUCACAUUCAGUCUCUUCCAGGUCCAGCCGUCCCUCCCACAUCUACUCAACCCACGCAGGAAGCACCUCAGGGCUGGGAUCAGGGACAAGGGGUGCAAACUUUGAUACCCCACACAGAGAGCCUGCGGUGCCUCGUGCACCUGCCGGAGGAUCAGCUGAGAAUUCAUUAACGCUGAUGGACUCUUAUACCUCAGACUCAAAAUGGGAGGCACGUCGACAGGAAGUGUUUGAGCUGGAGCAUCAGCAAACGAUGAGUCUGUUACUGCUGCAGCAGUGUGUGUGGGAGGAGAAGAGGAAAGCAGUGAGACAGAAAGAGAAGGCGGCGCGGGCCAAGAAGAGAUAUUAUCAAGCCAAACUACGGAAGAUCGGCACAGAUCAUCCACCUUCCAGUAGCGACAGCGAGGAAAACGAUCAUCUACAGGCAUAAACUCAGAUGUUUAUGACGUCUUAGCUAUGUUUGCUUUCUUUUUGAAAGUCAUUUUUUAUUCUAGCAAUGCUGUUUAUUUACAAAACAAUAUUUUUUUAUUGUGGACUAAACUUAAUUGGUGUUUAGGAAUGUACCAUGUGUAUCAUAUGGAGGGGGGAAUUCACUUAAGCAGGCUUUGUUUCAAUAGCCGAUAAAAAUCUCAUUUCCUUUCAUGCUCUCUCUCAUCAACACUGAUGCUGCUGCGUUCGAUUCAGUCAAAUGUGGGAUAGUUAAAGGGCUAGUUUGCCUGAAAAUGUAAGUUUAUAAUUGAAACACAAAAGACAAAAAAGAAAAAAAAGUGCCGUGUUCAUUUUGUUCAUGCAAUAGAAUUGGAACAGUGUUGUUUUAGAACCCAUUGACUUUCAUUGUAUGGAAAACAGUUUAAAUAUUCUAAAAAUAUCUGAUUUUGUGUUCAGAAGAAGAAAGUAAGUCAUACAUGUUUACAUGUUUGUAGUGACAAGAGGAGAAGUAAAUGAUAACAGAAAUUAAAGAGAAAGUUCACCCAAAAUAGAAAAUUCUGUCAUUAAUUACUCACCCUCAUGUCGUUCCAAACCCGUAAGACCCUCAUUCAUAUUCAAACACAAAUAAGAUAUUUUUGAUGAAAUCUGAGACCCUGCAUAGACAGUAAUGCAACCACCACGUUCCAGGCCCAGAAAGAUAAUAAGGACAUCGUUAAAACUGUCCAUGUGACAUCAGUGGUUUAACCUUCAUUUUAUGAAGCUACGAGAAUACGUUUUGCGUGCAAAGAAAACAAAAAUAACAACUUUUUUUCAACAAUUUCUUCUCUUUUGUCCCAAAACCCUUACAAUCAGGCCAGAAUUGCGCACUGAGGUGAUAUUUAGUCGUGAUACUUGUGCUUGAUGAGAAGAGGAAAUGAACUGAAAUGAGAUUUCUAAUGUUACUGUAUAGCAUUUUAAUUUAAUGCUUGUGGGUCAAACCAAGGAUUGAUUAAGGUUCUCCAAGGCCUCUGUUUGAUGCUAUUUACAUUACAAUGUAAACAGCAUCAAACAUUACAUUACAAAUCAGUGUGGUAAGAAAUUACACUGCAAAUAUGAGAAAGAGCACAAUGUGUGGAAAACAUUUCAGAGGACACUGCCAGUCCGCAAUCUAUCCUUGGAUCCAUCACUUCUGACUGUUUUAGGACAAUGUCUUCAGGACCAAUCUUUUGAUUCAGUUCACUGUAGCUCUUUUUAUACUAUGCAGGUUUUUCAGGUAAAUAAGUGCUUCUUUUAAAUGGACUUCCUACUCAUAGAGUGGUGAAUUUAGCUUCAGUGUUAAGUUCAGUGCUGUUCAUUUACUUGUCUUAGUAUACGGUGUUUGGGAACAGAGCCAUCUGUUCUUUUUCAAAAUAUGAAAAAUCUUAAAGAUAUCCACCUUUUUUCAGAAUAAUCCGAUAAUCCGCCACGAUAAAUUCUCUAAUUUCUGUUUGGAUGCUUUCUUGUUCUGUUCUCCACAGAAAUCCAUGUUAAUAGGGGUGAAAAAAAAGGAACAACUGAAUAGAGGGUUUGCACUUGUGUCACAAAUUGGUCAGUUACCUGGAUGCACAGCCAUGUUGGCGUUACUCAGAUGUAAACAACAGCAUGGACUGCAUGUUAAUGUACUACUAAAUAUGUUGUUUUGCUAAUUUAUGCUGUCUAAACCAUGGAAAAUAUGUGUGGAAGCUGCUAAAUCAUAUAGAGGAGGACUUAGUAAGCAGGAAAGGGCGCAAGAUUUUGACAAACUAAAGUUAACAGGUGAUGAAGAUACAUACAAGCAGAACUAAUUAAGAUAUUAGCCUAGUAUUUCACCUACCUGACCGGAAAUUAUAAAAAAGAACACAAAUGUUGUCAAGAUUCCUGCCCGGGAAAAUCCUGGUUCAGUUGUGGCCAACCACAAACGCCUUUUGUUCGUCAGACAGUCUUUUAGACUCUUCUUCCUGAUUUGUUAUAACUUUUGUCACUCUAUAGUACUCUAAACGUUGUUCCCGGUCUGACCAAUUAGUACAGCCCCAAACAUGAAAGUAAUUGACAUUUUCAGUAGCAAUAAUCAAAAAAAUUAUGCGAGUUUCGUUCGGUACAGUGGCACUGUUUAGUUCAAUGCCGCCAAUAUGGCCGAACGAUGACUCGACGUCCUGAAAACACUCUAUUAAUUAAACAAACUUUUUCAAUAUAACCAAAUAUAAAAAUUUUGCUGGGUUAAGCUGUACUGUUUUUUACGACUGUACUGUUUUUUUAGUGCCACCUUAAAAAAAAAAUCUAAGAUUACGAGAUUAAACUCGUAAUAUUUCGAGAAUAAACUCGAAAUGUUACGAGAAAAAAGUCGAAAUGUUUCGAGAAAAAUCACAGAAUUGCGAGAAACUAUGGAUGUGGAGGAUCUGGUUAAGUCCUACUUUAGGUUAGGAUUUAGCAAUAAGGAAAUUCUUUGUCUUUUGGCGCAUCAGCACGGACUUAUAAUUAGUACAAGGACACUGCAGCGGUCAUGUAGGAAACUUAAUUUAUUCAGAAGAAAAAAUCAGACAGACAUUGAGGAAAUUGCCUCUUUUGCGACCAGUGGUCGACUCCACGGAUAUCGAUGGUUACAUCUGCGUGCUACUCAAAGAGGAUAUGUUGUUUCUCAAGAGACUUUAGCCGCUUUUCCACUAUCGGCCCGAACCGUUCUCUUCGCUUAACCGUUCCGUUCCGUGCCGAUCCGGGCCAGUCAGCACGGAUACGGUUUCAUUUUCCACUAUGGUGCUGAUAACGGAACUCUUUGGAAUGUAAAUACAAAUGCGUUGGUCGUUGCCUUGGUAACGCAAUUGUAAUAUAAACAGAGAUAUGGAUGAUGAUCAGAUAUUUCUGUUUUUGGGACUUCGUUAAAUAACAGAAAAAAAGGACACAACUAUAAACAACGUAUAAAAAAAUAAAAUAAACAGAAGGCGACGACAGGUAUAAGGUUACCAACAAAUGCUGAGGGGAUGUGCAUGACAACGGAGACGGACAGCGUUCUAAGAACCGUUCGGCACGACAGUGGAAAAGCGGCUUAUGAGGAUGAUGAUCAAAUAAAGCAAUCGAUCCUGAAGGAGUUGAACACCGGCGCGCUCAGUACUUCAGCCGGGGUCCCAACGCAUUGUGGCAUAUGGAUUCAUAUGAUAAACUCAAGCCGUACGGCAUUGCAAUUAAUGGUUGCAUUGACAGCUUCAGUCGGUUUGUGCUGUGGAUGGAAGCGUACAAUACAUUCACGUAAAAAUACGACUUUAUUUUCGUAAUUUUUGACUUUUUUUUUUUUCAAAAUACUACGAUUUUAAUCUCGUAUUACUACGACUUUAUUCUCGUAACAUUUCGACUUUAUUCUCAUAAGAUUUCGACUUUAUUCUCGUAACAUUUCGACUUUAUUCUCGUAACAUUUCGACUUUAUUCUCGUAGUUUCGAGUUUAUUCUCGUAGUUUCGAGUUUAUUCUCGAAAUAUUACGAGUUUAAUCUCGUAAUCUUAGAUUUUAUUUUUUUUUAAGGUGGCACUAAAACGCCGUCGUAGUUUUUGGCUUCCACAAUAACAGCAAUAAACUUAAGGAAUUCCUGUUUAAGCUAAGUGUUUUGCGCACCAGCAAAUAUAUCGGUGUCCGGCACUGUAUGAGAUAACGACCGUGACUUAAAGAGCCUACAUUAAAAUACUGUGUAAAGUAAUAUGUGCGCUGAUCAUUUCGUGGACAAAAUCCUGCAAACUUCGCCUCACUAUGUCCCCUCUGUUUACAAUGCAGCUAACGUCGCGUCGCGUCGCGUCAUUGCCCACUCAUUAAACUAUGACAGGUGAGUUAAUGCAAAAAGACGCUCAUUGCGACACUGUGAAGUGAUAAAACUAUGGCGCCGUGUGCAUUAUAAAACCAUUUUCACAGCUUUAACGUUAUAUUAUCUGCUCGGAAAAUACGUUAAUUUGACUAGAAACACCAGAGACCGGAAAUGUAAAGCAUCAUUCCAGUCAGACGAGACUUGCGCGUUCAGAAAAAAAGGUGGAUUAAAUGGAAAUGGUCAUUUUCUUACCCUCAUAAUGUUCUAAAAUCAUAUACGUUCUAUGUUGCGAGAAAUAAAGUCAUACAGGUUUGAAACAACAUGAGGGUGAGUAAAAGAUGAUUUCAAAUGUAGACUGUAAAUCAGUGAAACAGAAUGUUAGACUGAAUUAAACUAGUGAGAACUGUAAAAGCAGAUUAGAUGUAAUUUACAUUUGAUUUGACUGAAAUUUAGAAAGAUGUGUAAUGUGAUGAACAAGUUACAU